UUUCAUUUUGUUGGGAUUUUGUAGUUAUGCUGGAGAGGACGGUCGUACAGAGCUUGUGAUAUGGCUGCUGAUGAUAAGUCCACCUCGUCCUCAUCCACGCUGGACUGGAGCUCAGAGCCGCCGCUGUCUCCUUCCAGUCCCUCCCACCUGACCCACUUCAAACCCCUCACCCCAGAUCAGGAGGAGCCUCCUUUGCGUUCGGCUUACAGCUCCUUAGUCAACCUCUUCCGCUUCAAUAAAGAAAAGUCAGGUGCAAACAUUGCACCAGCAAAAAAGCUUGAGGAAGCCCGAUCUUCUUCAGCGACUGAGAAAUCCGAGUCUGCCACACCGUCACCGCAGGGGGAGCGCCGGAGUUGGGCCAGUUCCUCACUCUCCACGCAUGGCUCUGGAACACACAGGAAACACUCAGACCUGGUCAGGCGAGCAUCUGCUGUCUCAGAGGGACGGCGAAAAUCAGAAACUCCACUCGGCAGCCAUGACCCACGAACAGCGGUCCAGCUUCGUACUGCUCUUAAAAGAUUAAAGGAGAUCAUGGAAGGAAAGAGCCAGGACAGUGACCUCAAGCAGUACUGGAUGCCAGACAGCCAGUGCAAAGAGUGCUAUGACUGCAAUGAGAAGUUUACCACUUUCCGCCGCCGCCACCACUGCCGCCUGUGUGGUCAGAUCUUCUGCAGCCGAUGCUGUAACCAAGAGAUCCCUGGCAAGUUCAUGGGCUACACAGGUGAUCUACGGGCGUGCACAUACUGCCGUAAGAUUGCGCUAAGCUACGCACACUCGGCCGACUCUGGCUCCAUCGGGGAAGAUCUGACUGCUUUGUCGGACUCGCCGUGCUCUGUGUGUGUGCUGGAGCCCACAGAGCCUCGCACGCCAGUGGGUGGGCGCAAGGCCAGCCGCAACAUCUUUCUGGAGGAGGAUCUCGCCUGGCAAAGUUUGAUUCAUCAGGAAUCUCAAAACAGCGGCCUGAGCUCCAGACUGUCGGCUGUGCAGGAAGACCUGGGGAAAUCUCCAUCGAGAAAGAGGUCAGCCAGUGUGACCAACCUGUCACUGGAUCGUUCCGGUUCCAUGGUUCCCUCAUACGACAGUUCUGUGAGCCCCCAGACCAGCCGUGCUGUAAAGCCUGACCAUUGCGAAGAGGAACGCAAGAUUCUCCUGGAUUCCUCUCAGCUGAAAGACUUAUGGAAGAAAAUAUGUCACAGCAAUACAGGCAUGGAGUUCCAAGACCACAGAUACUGGCUGCGUACUUACCCCAACUGCAUUGUGGGUAAAGACCUAGUGAACUGGCUCUUGCGAAAUGGGACCAUCUCCACCAGGGCUCAGGCCAUAGCUAUUGGACAGGCUCUGGUUGAUGGACGCUGGCUGGACUGUGUUACUCACCAUGAUCAGAUUUUCCGUGAUGAGUAUGCCCUGUAUCGUCCUCUUCAGAGCACCGAGUUCUCCGAGACUCCGUCUCCAGACACAGACAGUGUGAACUCCCUGGAGGGACACUCGGAGCCAUCAUGGUUCAAAGACAUUAAAUUUGAUGACAGUGACACAGAACAGCUAGCUGAUGAAAAUGACUACACAGCACCAAGCUCGGCCAGCCCCAGCAAGAGAACGUCGGUUAGCAGUUUCCAUUCCGCAGUGGACAGCGACUCGGCAGCCUCCAUUAAUCUAAACGUAGAGCAGGACAAUGUCAACUUUCACAUCAAGAAGCAAGCCAAGUACCCUCAUGUGCCUCCCCACCCAGCUGAGCAGAAAAGUAUGGAGUACUAUGACCCAUUCGCCCCUGACCCUGACUUCCACGCACCAACCGAGAUCCUGGUCACAGAAGACGGAGGUCAACACUUAUCCAUUAGCGAUGCCUUUAUUAAAGAAUCUUUGUUUAACCGGCGUGUAGAGGAGAAGGCUAACGAGAUGCUUUUCACUCCACUGGGAUGGCACCACAGCUCCUUGGACCAGCUGAGGGAAGAGAAUGGUGAAAAGAAGGCUAUGGAGAGACUUCUCUCUGCCAAUCACAGCCAUAUGAUGGCCCUACUGCAGCAGCUGCUGUACAGCGAAUCCCUCUCUCUGUCCUGGCGGGACAUCAUUGUGCCUGUUGUGCGGCAGGUAGUGCAGACGGUGCGACCAGACGUCCGCAGCUGUGAUGACGACAUGGACAUUCGUCAGCUGGUCCACAUCAAAAAAAUACCAGGAGGGAAGAAGUUUGAUUCUGUUGUGGUGAAUGGCUUUGUUUGCACUAAAAAUAUUGCUCAUAAAAAGAUGAACUCGUACAUUAAAAACCCCAAAAUCCUUCUGCUCAAAUGUUCCAUUGAGUAUCUUUACCGAGAAGAGACCAAGUUUACCUGUAUUGACCCAAUUGUACUGCAGGAGCGCGAGUUUCUGAAGAACUACGUGCAACGAAUCGUAGAUGUCCGGCCUAACCUGGUGCUGGUAGAGAAAACCGUGUCCCGUAUCGCACAGGAUAUGCUGCUAGAACAUGGCAUCACCCUGGUCAUCAAUGUUAAACCGCAAGUGCUGGACCGAGUGAGUCGGAUGACUCAAGGAGAUUUAGUCAUGUCUAUGGAUCAGCUUCUGACCAAACCUCGCUUGGGUACUUGCCACAAGUUCUACCUUCACUCCUUCCAGCUCCCCACCAACAAUGAAUUAAAGACACUGAUGUUCUUCGAGGGAUGCCCCCCUCAGCUGGGCUGCACCAUCAAGCUUCGUGGUGCCUCUGAAUAUGAACUGGCCAGAGUCAAAGAGAUCAUAACAAUGAUGGUGUAUGUAGCGUACCACUCCCAAUUGGAGAUUUCCUUCCUUAUGGAUGAGUUUGCGAUGCCUCCAAGCCUGUCUAAGAGCUCAUCCUUCCCGUGCCUGAUCGAAAGCUCUACUGAGGAGACGAAAAAUGAUGAGCGGGAAAACCAGGGAAACCAAAGUGGAGCCGGGGAGGAUCUCCUACCAGAAGGUGACUUUGAGCCAGGCCUUCAGGAGAUCAUAAAAUGCCACAGUAGACAGCCGUCUCUCUCAGAAUCUCAGAAGGACAGAGACAGUCCAAAAGUCAGCAGAACUGACUCGCCUGUAGCUAACAUACUGGUAGAGAGGGAGAAGCUAAAGACCUCAACCCCGCUGUCCAGCCAGUCAAGCCAGCCACCAACCGUCUCUCCUCCAUACCUCUCAGAUAUGGAGGACAUUUUAGAGGAGGAGGUGAAGAAACCAGCUGAAUUCGGGGGUAAUAGAGAGGGCUCUAUCACCACCCUGGUUCGAGGCGAUAGCACCAGUUCAGAGCCAGCUCUCGCACCGGCGCAGCUCUUCAGGGAUCCGCUGCAGGACGACACGGGACUGUUUGUGGCCGAGCAAGUCACUUCAGCAGACGAUCGCCUCAAGUCCAUCUCGGCUAGCUUCAGGCAGGAGUUAAAAGAUGUCAUCCUGUGCAUCUCACCCAUUGUUACAUUCCGGGAGCCCUUUUUGCUGAUUCUGCCUGGUUUGCGCUGUCCCAGUCGGGACUACUUUCCCGAGCAGGUCUACUUCUCACCGCUUCUCAACAAGGACCUUAAGGAGCUCGACGGACGCCGCAAAAGGCUUUUGCUUAAGGAAUCAAAUCCAUCAUCGAGCUCUCUGAUCAACGGGACAUCACAACAUCGGCCAGUCAGAGUUCUGCCCUCUCAUGAACUCACCACCGCCCGAUUAACCGACCAACUGGGUAACAGUCAGGAUCUGGCACGCAUGCUGGCAGACUAUCGCGCUCAGGGAGGAAGAAUCAGACGAGAUGUUGACCCGUUCGCACAGGCAGCACAGGCUCUGCCUACAAAAGUACCGGUCAGGGUGGACAGCGAAGAGGAGAAAGGAAACGGACCGAAUGACAUGGCAUGGGCUACUAAAGUGGACUGUCUCAAUACAACAAACCAUCAAAGAUUGUGUGUGUUGUUCAGCAGCUCCUCAACACAAUCUCACAAUGCCCCCAACCACUGUGUCAGCCCUUGGAUUGUGACGAUGGAAUUUUAUGCAAAGAAUGACUUGACUCUUGGCAUAUUUCUAGAAAGAUACUGUUUCAGACCCUCUUACCAGUGCCCCAGCAUGUACUGUGAGACACCCAUGGUGCACCAUAUCCGCCGCUUCGUACAUGGAAACGGCUGUGUCCAGAUCGUUCUCAAGGAGCUUGAUUCUCCUGUACCUGGAUACCAACACACAAUCCUCACCUACUCCUGGUGCCGAAUCUGCAAACAGGUGACUCCAGUUGUCCCGUUGUCCAAAGACUCAUGGUCCAUGUCCUUUGCUAAAUACCUGGAGCUGCGUUUCUAUGGCCACCAAUAUACUCGCCGUGCCAACGCAGAGCCCUGCGGUCAUUCUAUUCACAAGGACUAUCACCAGUACUUCUCAUACAACCAGAUGGUGGCAUCUUUUAGCUAUAUUCCAGUGAGGCUGCUGGAGAUCUGCCUCCCUCCCCAGAAGAUCAUUAUUAGGAGCCAGGGCCCCUGCAAGGUCAUUCUGCAGCAAGACCUGAAAGACUUGGUGCAAAAGGUGACUCAGGUGUAUACUGCGAUAGACGACCGACUCACCUCACUUAAAACAGACACCUUUAGCAAAACACGUGAGGAGAAAAUGGAGGACCUGUUUGCACAAAAAGAUAUGGAGGAAGGCGAGCUGCGCAGCUGGCUGGAGAAGUUGCAGGUGCGUCUGCAGGCGUCAGGUGUGGACACACCCCAGCAACUACAGACCGUUCUCGAAUCUGUGGUAAUAAAAAAGCAGAGUCUGUGUGAAACCCUGCAGUCUUGGAACAGCAAACUGCAGGAUUUGUACCAACUAGAAAAGGGCAGGAAGCGUCUUUCUGUUCCACCAAGCCCAGGCAGACACAGACAAGCCACCAAUGAUGACAGCAAGACAAGUGUUUUGGAGUCGUCCUCUCGUAAUCCCUCACCUGUGGUUCAGAACGGCGAAAAAGCAGCAGAGGAUCGUCAUCUCAGCGCCAUGCCUUCAAGCUCAGGAUCAUCAUCUUUUCUGCCACUGCCAUCUCCAGCGGAGCAGGUCUCCGAGAUCAUCACAUCUGGUCCUUCUUUUCCUGAUCAGGAUUCUGUCAGCAUUCCGGAGGAUGUCUUCGACGGACACCUGCUCGGCUCCAAUGACAGUCAAGUGAAGGAAAAGACCACCAUGAAAACCAUACUGGCUAAUCUGUUACCAGGGAACAGUUACAACCCUAUUCCAUUUCCUUUUGAUCCAGAUAAGCACUACCUAAUGUACGACCAUGAGCGUGUCCCUAUUGCAGUGUGUGAAAGAGAACCAAGCUCCAUCAUUGCCUUUGCUUUAAGCUGUAAAGAAUAUAAAAAUGCCCUCGAAGAUCUUUCAAAGAUCACACUCAAGGCUUCUGGGGAUGACACCUCUCAGACAAUCAGUUCUGGAGAAACCAAAGUGAAAAACAGCCCUGCUAAGAUUAAUGAUGGAAGUACUUCCCAGCUGGGACGAAGCAGCAUAGACUCAGAGCCACUCAAGGACUCAGAAAGUGGCGACAAACAGAAGAAGCAGGGUGGGAACCCACACAUUGAACUGCAGUUCUCAGAUGCCAGUGCGAAGUUCUACUGUCGGAUUUACUAUGCAGAGGAAUUCCAUAAGAUGCGAGAGGAGGUGAUGGAGAGCACAGAGGAAGACUUUGUACGCUCGCUUUCUCAUUGUGUCAACUGGCAAGCACAAGGCGGCAAAUCAGGAGCUGUCUUCUAUGCGACUGGAGAUGACCGGUUUAUUCUAAAGCAGAUGCCCAGACUGGAAGUACAGUCAUUCUUGGACUUUGCCCCACACUACUUCACUUAUAUCACUGGUGCAGUCCAACAGAAGCGACCUACAGCACUUGCUAAGAUUUUAGGAGUCUAUCGUAUUGGCUACAAGAACUCACAGAACAACACAGAGAAGAAACUGGAUCUGCUUGUGAUGGAGAACCUGUUUUAUGGACGCAAGAUGGCACAGGUGUUUGACCUGAAGGGUUCUCUGAGGAACCGAAACGUAAAGACAGAUCAGGGAAAGGAGAGCUGUGAGGUGGUGCUGUUGGAUGAGAACCUGCUUAAGCUGGUGCACGAUAACCCACUCUACAUCCGCUCACAUUGCAAGGCUAUUCUUCGUGCUGCCAUCCACAGUGACGCCUACUUUCUGUCCAGCCAUCUAAUCAUAGACUACUCGCUGCUGGUGGGCCGCGAUGAUGCCACCGAUCAACUGGUCGUCGGCAUCAUAGAUUAUAUCCGGACAUUUACAUGGGACAAAAAGUUGGAGAUGGUGGUCAAGUCCACAGGGAUUCUUGGAGGGCAAGGUAAAAUGCCCACUGUUGUUUCUCCCGAACUGUACCGUGCCCGCUUCUGUGAAGCCAUGGACAAGUACUUCCUCAUGGUUCCUGACCACUGGACAGGACUGGGCGUGAAUUGCUGAAAAGCAACUCUGAACUGCACUUUACACUACUGUACUUUCUUCACAUUAACUAUGGAAAGCUCAUUUGGUUCAGACGGAUAGAGGAAAGAACAUUGGAUUAAUCCAAGGAUUCUGGUGAGCAGUCGAAGGACAUAUGCAUUCCAGUAAGCAUUCCAGUCUUCAAACAGAAACAAUUUAAUCCAAGCAAGAUGAAGCAUAGUGCAAAUUUCAGUUUACUUCAGAUGUCAAACCAAAAGGUCACUGGGUUUCAAAACCAUAUAAGGACAGUCACACUGAACUGAAUUACUAUGCUAGAUACAUAUAAUGUACUUCUUGUGUUUAUGUAUUAAUAAUCAGAGCUAUGAAUGAUGUAAGUUUCUCAUACAUGUACAGAGUAGAGAGAUUGUGUAAUUAAAGAUUACUAACACAG